AUGAAGACGGCUACAUUUGUACUGCUGGUAGUAUGUACCGUGCAGGGAUCUCCAGUUUAUAGAGAAUAUGUAAGGCGAGCAAGUAGUCUCGGAAACUUCGACCCAAAUGCCCUGUAUCAACAACAGUCACAGUCGGCACAAUCGUACCUGAAGGGUUCCGGAAGUGUAGCAUCUCCUGGUGGAUCUGUGCAGACAGGAGGGUCAAGUAGUGGAUCUACGGGUAGUUUUGAUCCAAAUGCUUUAUUCAAACAGCAAUCACAACAAACAAGUCAGGCAUUAUCAAGUAGUUCACAGCAAUCAUCUGGUAGUUCAUCAGGUCAACAGUCAAGUGGAGGAAGUGCAACUUUUGACCCGAACGCUGUUAAUACAAUGACAUCACAACAAAAGUCCCCACAAACGAUGAGUGGACAACAGUCUGGUAGUGGUUCAACUGGAACAUUUGACCCAAAUGCCCUGAACAGUAAGAUACCUCAGCAACAGCAAAGUGGUGGAGCACAACCGCAAAGUUCUGGUGGAUCACAACAGUCAGGGAGUGGUUCAACUGGAACAUUUGACCCAAAUGCCCUGAACAGUAAGAUACCUAAGCAACAGCAAAGUGCUGGAGCUGGUGGAGCACAACCGCAAAGCUCUGGUGGAUCACAACAGGCAGGAAGUGGAUCAACUGGAACAUUUAAUCCGAAUGCCAUGAACAGUCAGAUGUCUCAGCAACAGCAAAGUGCUGGUGGUGGUGGAGCACAACCGCAAAGUUCUAGUGGAGGUGGAAUGUCUUCGGGUAGUGGUGGAUUCAAUCCUUCAGCUUUGAACAAUCAAAUGUUACAACAGAAUCUGAAACAAAUAGCCAACAGUAAACCAACUGGCAGUAGCAGCUCUAUGUCUGGAGGCAGUAAUUCCAUGGGAGGAGGCAGUAGUUCAAUGGGAGGAGGCAGCAGUUCUAUGGGUGGAGGAAGUAGUUCUAUGGGCAGUGGCGGAAGUAGUUCUAUGGGCAGUGGCGGUAGUAGUUCUAUGGGCAGUGGCGGUAGUAGUUCUAUGGGCAGUGGCGGUAGUAGUUCUAUGGGUAGUGGUGGUAGUAGUUCAAUGGGUAGUGGCGGUAGUGGUGGUAGUAGUUCUAUGGGCAGUGGCGGUAGUAGCUCCAUGGGCAGUGGCAGCAGUUCUAUGAGUGGUGGUUCAAGUGGAGGAUCAGGAGGGUUUGAUCCAAAUGCACUUAACAGUCCAGAUAAAAAUAAGAUUGAUCCGUCAAUGUUUAUGAGUGGUGGAACAAAUGCUCUAGCAAAUAAGAUGAGUGGAGGCUCUGGUGGAAGUUCUAGCAGUGGAUCACAAAUGAGUUCAGGUGGUUCACAGAUGGGUUCGGGUGGUUCACAAAUGGGUUCAGGUAGUUCACAGAUGGGCUCUGGAGGAUCACAGAUGGGUUCAGGUGGUUCCCAAAUGGGUUCAGGUAGUUCACAGAUGGGAUCAGGUGGUUCACAGACGAGUUCUGGAGGAUCACAAAUGGGUUCUGGAGGGUCACAGAUGGGAUCAGGAAGUUCACAGAUGAGUUCAGGUGGUUCUGGUGGUUCAUCAAGCAGUAGCUCUCAGAGUGGAAGUUCAGGUGGUUCUGGUGGUUCAUCAAGCAGUAGCUCUCAGAGUGGAAGUUCCGGCGGUGGAUCGUCAGGAAGUUUUGACCCAAAUAAGCUGAACCAGCAGAUGAUGUCUCAAUCAAAUAUGAUGAACCCAUCUCAGUUUAUGAGUGGAACAAAUGCAGGUGCUUCUUCCGGGUCAAUGGGAAAAGGACUUCAGUACAAUCUGUUCAAUCCAAAUCAAUUUGUUGGAAAAUAAAACUUUGA